AUGCCAGUAACUUCCACUGGAUCCCCCGCCGCCCCCGCGCAAGAAACCUUUGCCUGGCUGGUAGUGAGCGCUGUUCUCUCCUUGAUGGAGGGAACCCGCCGUGUGAGCGUUGCGCACGCGAUCUCUACUGGAAGCUCCUCUAAGAUCGGCGGCCACAGUAACAGAUAUCACGGGCAGUCAAGAAUAAUGAGCGCAUCGAUUUUGUCUUCUCCAAGUAUGAGCUUCGGGUCCUUAACUAGGUCCAUCAGACACCGGUCGGCUACACAGCCGUGUUAUCUGUUAAUGUGGCCGCCAAUUUCCACCAGGACCAGCGGAAAGCGAUCGACACAUGGGCAGCAAGCCUGCCACCACCAAGGAGAACGACGGGCCAUUCCGCAGCCGCAAGCCCUAGAUCCGUUCUCGCCGCCCCUUCGAGAUUCAAGUAUCCAAUUCCACGGACAUCUUGGUCUUCCCAAUCCGCUUCUGCGUCUACUCUCCUCUCCGUUAGAGAAAAUCCGAAGCCCGGCGUACCGUGAUCCGAUCUAUGCUACCUACUUGCGUGUGUCUGACAUUCCGUGCUUACUCCCGCGUAUGACCAAGAAAUAG